UUUUUUUUUUUCCGUUUGUUUCCGUCAAGGAGACUUUCUUCUAAUGAAGACGAAUGCAGAACGAUGAGCGGCUUGGCAAAGGCCAACAGAGUCAGAAUUCAGGAUUUGUGCAGGGGAGGGAAAACCGAGGUGGUGCUGAGUUUGGAGAAAUGUCUUAGAGCAUGCCGAGUGUCCAACCUUCACGGGGUUCCAGUGGAGACCUGGGGGCCCCCUCUCGGCUGGAGCUCCGCCUUCAGCUUCCAGAGGAGGGUGCCUCGGCUCCUCCUCGUGUGCGAGGGGAGAUCACCAUCCCAUGUAGCAGGUGAGGAGACUGAGGCUCGGAGGGGUCAGCAGGUGGCCCCGACGGGGUCCCGGGCGGGACUGAACCCUGUGCUUCCUGCUCCGGAGCCCGCUGUCACACACGCCAGCAGUGCGGGUCAUUGGCCGACGGGUCCAGGCUCUUGAGACUGCCUGGCUCAGAUCUCAGCUCCGCCGCUUACUAGCCAGGUGGCCUUGAGCUCCCGUGUAAUCUCGUUCCAUCUCUCUGUGCCCCUGGUUGUUUGUAAGGAAAGUAUCCACCUCGAAGAGCUGCGGGAACACUGAAUGAGGGAGUCUUUGCCGAAGGUGCAGUGCGUUGUGAGCUGUUAUGAGUAACACUUUCUGUCGAGUGUCAGGAUAUCAUUUAGUAUCUGAUUUUAGGAUUGGCGGCCUUAGGGGGUAGGAUUGGGAUCACAUCUGGGGCGCUGGACUUGGGUGGGAGUUGCCUGUAACAGCUUGUGGGCCUGUCCCCUUCCUGGGGGAGGGACACUGGCUGCUGACCGGGGAUGGAGGACGGAGUGCCCCGACCCCCGGUCUCCACGGAGCGUCAGCUGGUGUCUGAGGUCCGUGAGAGUUGCUGUGAGGGGGGGACGCCUUUCUCUCCUUGGCCCAGCUCCCAGCACAGCUCCUGCACCUGGAUGGCAGCUCCACAAAGGCUGGGACAUGGUCUGUCCUGUUCAUCAGUUUACCCCCUGGGUCUAAAAUAGAGCUUGGCACAUUGCAGUCACUCAACAAAUAUUGGUGGAAUGGAGUCCUGCUGAAAUAUGACUUAUGAGCUGCACUGAAAGCCUGGUUGACUGGAGGCCUCGAUUGGGUGAAGGUCCGAAGCCCGGCUCCUGGCAGGAUGUGGGUCUGAAAUGCGAUGAUUGGACUCCAUGUGAUGGCUUGGGCUGCCACCUACUGGUGAGGACCAGAAUGACAGCUGCUGGAAAGCCCGGGCCAUGGCUGAGAAACAGAGACGCACCAGCUGGGACUGGAUCCGGUUUCUUCACCAUGGUGUCCCCAGUGCCUACCCCGUUCUCGAUGGGUAGCGGGGGGUCUUGUCUUCUCGCCUGGGCUCAGUCCCAUCUGGCUGGCCCUGGUCACUGCCUGAGGACGGAUCCCCUAGAAGCCGACUUGGGGACUGGAGCACUGGAAGCCCUGCCCAUCCCCAGGGCUCCACACCACUGCUGUGAGCCGGAGUUGAGCGUCUGCUGGUCCGCGGCUCAGGGCACUUGUACUUCCACGGGAGUUUUGCAGGCUCCCUGGUCUACACUCCAGGAGCCCAGAAUCACCUCCCAAAUACAUCUCAGGGGCUGCUCCCAGAGAACCACUCAAAGACGAAGAUGGCCAGGACGUCCUCCCUGAAGCCUGCCCAACAGACAGCCUGCCUCUUCCUCCCAGCCUUCCUCCCACGACACCCGCCUCCCCCUCGCUGGCUCUGGAGCCCUCCAGCUCUCAUUCAAGCAGCAGAGGAAGACUACAGGCUCCGCGUCCUGUCCUUGGGCUCUCUCUGCUCCUGUGGGUCUUCCAGCGGCCUAACCUGGUGCCCGAAGCUGUCACCGACCUGUCCCCGCUUGCGGCCCGAGCCAACCUGGCC